UGCACCUAUCAAAGAUUAGCCAAUCAACACUCAGCUAACAUAACGGUGUUCGGCUAAGGUAGAAACAUGGCGGCGGAAGCAGAUCUUGAGCUGGAGUGUGAAAACGAAGCCCCUGGGGGCUCGAAUUCACAGUCAGUUCGCAAGAACAUUGCAAUCAAGCUAAAGCCCAUGAAAGGCAGACCAAAAGGCCGAAAGACAAGGAGUAGACCCAGCAAACCUACCAGUACAGACGGCUUGGACAGCUCUGAUGACCAGUACAUGAACAGUUCUUGUGACAGUCCUAUAUCGAAAAAUCUCAGCCCUUCUGAUACGUUAUUUCCUUGUCAGUCUCUUCAUUGGAAUCAUAAGGUCAACCUAAUUGGUCUGAAAGUAACAGACCCUGUCAUACACUGCUGUGAAAAAUGCUGCUUACCCAUUCUAACUUAUGGACGAAUGAUACCAUGUAAACAUGUAUUUUGUUUUGAUUGUGCAAAGAAGACAGAAAAGACUUGCCCAAGAUGUGGUGACCCUGUGCAACGAAUUGAGCAGUCAGCGCUGGGUUCUGUGUUUGUAUGCACCUUUGGCGGUGCAAAACACGGUGUGUCUGGAUGUCGCCGGACGUACCUGUCCCAGCGUGACCUACAAGCCCAUAUCAACCACCGUCAUUUGCGGCAAGGUGCAGGACCUGACCCUCCACCAGCUUCAAAGACACAACCACCCCAACAACAGCAGCAGCACCCACAGCCCCAGCAGCAACAGGUUGUGUCAUCAGUAUCCAGUAGUCAGGCAGCAGCAAUUGGACAACCACCACCACCACAACAGCAAAGUCAGGGACCAGGUCAGAGUCAGCAGUCGUCACAUUUGACCUCACAGCACGGCCGAGGAUCUCAGCCGACACCCCACAGUCAUAUGGCUCAGAAACAACAGCAACAACAACAACCACCACCACCACAACAGCAACCACCACAGCAAACCAGGAGCGGGCAACAACAAGCACCAAGUAGUGGUCACUUGGGACAGUCAACGGCUAGUGGUCACCAAUCCAUAACCAGCAACUAUGUUCCAGUAUCCGCUCCUUCGCAGUCAUUAGUUGGGAUCGACCUCUUGACCUCGAUCAGCCAACAACAGCAGCAACAACAACAGCAACACGACCAGAUGGUUUAUCACCAUCGUGCUGGCAGCACAAUUGACGAAUCGCAAUUGGUGGGGCAGACAUCAGCCCCACCACCCCUUUUGGCUCUUCCGACCCAGCAACAGCAGCACAUGCAUGGUCCUCCUCCCCUGCCGCAGCAGCAACAGCAGCAACAUGCUGGCCACCAUGUGGUCAGUGGGAUGCCAGUGGUGUCGACGGCAUCAGUGACUCUUCCUUUGCCGACCCCUGCUUCAGGAAAGCAUGGCCGGGUAGGUGUGGGAGCAGGAGGGGGUGGUGGACCAAAUCCUGGUGGAGCAGCAGGGGCUGGGGGCAUGGGUGUACCGCCACCACCACCGCAGCCUCCUCCUCAUGGAGGCAUGCCUCCCCCUCUUCUGCCCCACCUCCACAACCAUCACCACCAGCAACAGCAGCAACAACAGCAAGCACAGCAACACCACCACCACCCUCAGCAGCAACAGCAGCCAAUGGCAUCGGCCCAUGACUCCUAUGGCAUCUCUGCAAUCCCAGUGAUGUCGAGCUCAACGCGAACCAACCUAAUCACAGUUCCAAUCCAGGAUGAGACAGAGUACGGCAACCGGGCUGAACCUCCGCCACAUGCCCACCCCCACCAUCAUCAGCAGCAUCAACAACAACACCACCAACAGCACCAUCACCAUCACCAUCACCAACAACAACAGCAGCCAGGAGGAGGUUACCACCCAUCAGGGCAACCGUUUGCCACCAACACACCACCACCACCUACGGUACCUUUCCCUCCAGGCCACCCCCUACAGCAGGUCGCUGUGCAUGUGCCACCCCAGCAACAGCAGCCACCACCUGCAACCACUGUAGCUGGAUCAUUCCCACCCUCUUCAAUGGCGCUGUCCCCUCAAGGCAUGCCCCCUGUUCCCGUCUCCUAUGCACCCCCGCCUCCCACAUCGUCUUCAGUGGUAGUUGGACACGGAGGAGGUGGCGGUGGGGGACCAAUGCCCCCACUCUGCUCUCCUCUAUACUCUUCUCCACAGAGCUUCCCUCAGGGUGGCGGUGGUGCAGGAGGUCAUGGAGGCCCUCCACAGGGCUUCCCCCAGGGUGGGGGUGGAGGUGGUCAUGGCAGGCCUCCUCCACAGAGUUUUCCCCAGGGUGGUGGAGGAGGAGGUCAUGCUGGGCCUCCCCCACCAUCACCUCAUCACCCUCAUGUGAUGGUUGGACACCAGCCAAGAGGUGGAGGAGGAAGCGGAGGCCCCCCACGGACCCAGCUCCCACCACCACUGCUCUCUGGUAUAGCCACAGCACCCCCACCCCUUGCAAACAUGGCCACUGCACCGCCACCGCCGCCCAUGCAGGGUCACCCCCCAGGAUUGCCAAUGCCCUCAGUUGUCGUUGGCCAGCCCCCUCCCCCACAGCAGCAACAACAGCAGCAGCAGCAGCAACGCCUUGGCAUGCCCCCUCAGCCGCCUCCACCGCCUCCUCCCCCUCCCCCUCACUUCCCCAACCCCCACGGGCCCUACGAGGAGCCUCCACCACCUCCCAUCAGUGCUGGAUAUCCACCACCCCCACAGCAGCAACAGCAACCCCAACAGCAGCAGCCACAGCCAGGUAGCCCCAGGAUGGGGUGGGCUGGAGGACCGAUGCCACCACCACCCAGGGGCCCUCAUCCACGGCCGCCUGGUAGCACCCUGGCCCAGCUGCAGCAAGCACAAAGAUCACAGACAGACAACACUGGACAUUACAAUCAGUAUUACUGAACUUGCCUGAGUCCAGCUUGGGUCGGGUCAAAGGUUAAAGGUCAAUGACCUGAAAGUUAGACAAUGGGUCAAAAACAAUGACGAAUUUAACCUACAACCCAUUCUUUCCCACAAAGUCAGAUAUCUGGUGGGUAGAAGGUGGGCUGAUGGUCUACAGAAGAGGGAGGAGAGGGGAUUAUUACAUUGGGAUCAUUUGUUCCGAAAGACCCCUUAGGGGACAGAUGAAAAGUUUUUAAUGGCCCAAAUCAAAGAUUCAAGGACCUUUAAUUUUUGUGGAGAAAAUAAAAAAAAAUUGAAGGAAACAAGAAGACUUUUUUUUUUGUUGGUUGAUGAGGGUCCUUGUUUCUCUUUUUGGGAAUAUAAGGAACACUGGAAGUGUCCAUUAUUUUUGGGGAGGUGGGUGGGUCUUUAUUUUUUUUUUGUUAGAGGUGUGUUGGCCCUCAGUUUUGUUGGGUGAGAGGGGGUAAUUUUUUUUAAUUUCCAAAUACAACUUGUUUCAUUUGA